AUGUCUGAUCAAGACAUUAUCACAAAUAAAUAUAGUGAAUUGCGAAGCAUCUAUAAAUACUACAUUGAUUCAUAUAUUGCUUUGUACCAGCUAAAAACGGAAAAUGAAGAAGAAUUAUACUCAAUUUACAAAAUGAUCAAAACAGACAUGAUUGAUUCAAUGAAACACUCUCCAUACAGUAUUAUAAGGUCUAUUCUAAAGGUAAUUCCAUAUAAUAAUCGCUAUGAAAAGUCAUAUUUAUAUCUGGCCAAACUCAUAACCGAUGAUUAUCAUGUGGAAGAGGUUAACAGUCUGGAAUUUUAUAUAGAAUAUGGAAUUGAAUUCUAUAAUGAUGGUUAUUUCCGAGAGAUUAGCUCAGAAAAUCUCGAUAUUCUUUCAGAAAAUACAAUUUACAGAGCCAUUAUGUAUGAUGACAAAGAAGUAUUCAUUUCAUUCAUAGAAAAAGAAGAAUUCAAUGAAGAUCAAAAACUUAAUAGUAGUCUAUAUCCAUAUUCUCCCCAUGAAUAUUCAUUACUUGAAUUAUGUUGUUACCAUGGAGCAAUUGAUUGUUUCAAAUUAUUAAGAACAAAAUUUAACUCAGAAAUUACUCAAACAUGUCUUCAAUUUUCAUUUUUAGGAAGAAAUCAAGAGAUCAUGAGCGAAUGUUUGAAAUAUCGCAAACCAGACGAAGAAUGCAUGACAUAUGCAAUUAUUUCACACAACAUUGAUUUUGUUACAUUCUUAAUGUAUGAGUACUUUUUGGAUAUCAAUUUACAUAAUUGCGUAGAAUAUAAUAAUCUUGACUCAAUCUUAGUUUAUUUUGACCAAUCUAAUGAUUUUAACAGUUGCCUGAUUUAUUCAGCGAUGAUUAAUAUUCCAUCCCUAUGUGAAUAUUUUCUUUCACUUGGUGCAAAUAUCAAUGAAAAAGAUUCAAAUGAACUGACCGCUCUUCAUUACGCCGCACGAUAUAAUUUUAAAGAAUCAGCAAAACUUCUUAUUUCACAUGGUGCAAAUGUCAAUGACAAAAAUCAAUCUGGAGACACUGCCCUUCAUUAUGCAGCUUAUCAUAAUAGUAAAGAAAUUGCAGAACUUCUUAUUUCACAUGGUGCGAAUAUCAAUGACAAAAAUCAAUCUGGAGACACUGCCCUUCAUUAUGCAGCUUAUCAUAAUAGUAAAGAAAUUGCAGAACUUCUUAUUUCACAUGGCGCAAAAAUCAAUGAAAAGGAUAAUGAUGGAAACACAGCUCUUCAUAUUGCGGCAUUUCGUAAUAGUAAAGAAACUGCCGAACUUCUUAUUUCACAUGGUGCAAAUAUCAAUGACAAAGGUCAAGAUGGAUUCACUGCUCUUCAUUUUUCAGCUUAUAAUAAUUCUACAGAGAUUGCUGAACUUCUUAUUUCACAUGGCGCAAAUAUAAAUGAAAAAAAUCAAAAUGGAUUCACAGCUUUUCAUUAUGCUGCUAUUCUUUAUCAUACCGAAAUCGCCGAACUUCUUCUUUUACAUGGAGCAAAUAUCAAUGAAAAAAUAAAUAAAUAUGGAUGCACCGCUCUUCAUAUUGUAGCAGAUUAUAAUAGUCAUAAAGUAGCCGAAAAUCUAAUUUCACUUCGCCAAAAUAUCAAUAAAACAGAUAAAGAAAGAGACGCUCUUCAUUAUGAAUUAGAAAAUUCUCGUAAAGAUAUAGUCGAAUUUCUUCUUUUACAUGGUGCAAAUGCCAAUGAAAAAGAUGGGACUGGAAAAACAGCUCUUCAUGUCGCAGUAAAAUAUAAUGAAAAAGAAACAGUUGAACUUCUUCUUUCACAUGGUGCCAAUAUCAAUGAAAAAGAUGGAGCCGGAAAAACAGCUAUUCAAUAUGCAGAAGAUAAAAAUAAUAAAGAAAUAGUUGAACUUCUUAUUUCACACGGUACAAAUAAUAACUUUCCGACGUAA